AUGGAAGUUCGUAGCAACACAUCCGUAAACGGCAGUCGCUCCCUGGCGGCUGAGGAAAUGGCCCAGCAGGACAGCCGCGAGGGCUGUCUGGACCCUGUCUGGACCCCACUAGACCACCCCUCAGCACUAACUACUCACCACUUCGGACGGGUUUUGACUGACGGAAUCUUCCCUUGUCAGCUCAUUACUCGUGCUUUAGAUAUGCGUGACACACCUCAUCUCUGA